AGACCAUCACAAACAACACAGCAACAGCAUGGCAUCAACAGCGGGCACCAAGCCCAACAGCAGGCCAAGACCCGUCAUACUCAUCACAGGAGCCAAUGCCGGGCUAGGCUUCGCAACCUGUCAACGUCUUCUUCUCCAACUCUCCUCCCCAACCCCAUCUGACACCCUCGGUCGUUCCGUUCGCUUCGCAUCGCACGAUGGCACGGACGAAGACCCUCUUGCUACCCCGUUCGCAGCACCUCACGGCUGCACCCUCAUCCUCGCGUGCCGCAACGCCAUUAAAGCGCACAAGGCGAGACGUAGCCUGGUGGAGAUGGUGAACAAGUUGAAGCACUUGCCUGACGAGGUGGAGACACCUGUUUGUGCUGAAGAGUUGGAGCGGUAUAACGUCACUAAGCCGGUCAGCGCGAGGAAGACGGUGCAGAAGAGGGAAGAGGAGGACGUUGCUGGCAAGGAUGCCGGGAGCAGUUCUACUGCCCUCCUCGAUUCGGCCAGCACAGCGACGCAACGUCGCAAGACCUCCAGCAGCAGCUCCAAACCCAACCUAAGCCAGUCUCUUGUCAGCCGCGAAGCGACGGCCCGUGGCAAAUAUCGUCGCCGGUUCUGCCGAGGCGUCCGGAUCGAAUUCGUCCCCCUCGACCUAGGCUCCUUCGCCUCUGUCCUCAACUGCUCAGCCCAAGUUAAAGCGCGGCAUGGACACCUCACUCAUCUGAUCCUCAACGCAGGUGGAGCAGCCUUCACCGGCCUUGACUGGAUCAAGGCAACUUGGAUGAUCAUGACGUCCUUCAAAGCGGCCGUCACCUACCCGCGCUACAAGAUGCAGCGAUCCGGCGACAUAAGCCAGGAUGGGGUCGGGUGGGUGUGGAGCAUCAAUGUCGGGGGUAGCUGGAUGUUGACGCAACAGCUGCUUCCGCUCCUGAGGGCGGGACCUUACGAGGAGAGGGGAAGAGUAGUUUGGACUGGAUCGGUCGAGGCUUUCCGACGCUACUUUAGCUUGGAGGACAUGCAGUGCUUGCGCACCGACAAGGAGUCCAAGGCGUACGAGAGCACAAAGUAUCAGUGCGAUCUGGCGGCGGUUGCGCUGAGGGAGGAGCUAGCACAGGAAGGGGGAAAACAGCCUGCGGUCUACCUCACGCACCCAGGAGUGGUAGCCACGAGUAUCAUGGCCGACUUCCUCAAUGUGGUGACGGCAACGGCUAUGCUGUGGUGCUUUUACCUGGCGAGGAUGCUCGGAAGCACGCAUCAUUGCGUUGAGCCUUACAAGGGUGCGAUCUCUGCUUCUUUUGCUUGCUUGGCGCCCAAGGAGCGACUGGCUGCGUCGGCGAUGAUGCCGGACGGGCGUGCCACUCAGCUACCAGAGCGCUUGCAGGACGCCGCGCAGAAGAGUGAAGCAUCGGCAUCGGAGACUCUGGUACGGUACGGGUCAGCUUGCGACAUCUGGGGGCGAGAAUACGUCCACUUCGGUCGUAUUGACGCCUGGCAGCCAGAGAGCGAUGAGGUUGGAAAGGUGGUGGACAAUGGGAGCGAGGAGGAGUGCAAUGUUCGCGGCCUGGCGAGGAGGUGGCGCGAUCGUACGCACGAGGUUGUGGAGCGGGUGAUGGGAGAGAAGAAGAACGGCACGCUGCCGCCUGCUGGGUUGAUGGCGACGCAGGACCAGGGUCAAGGGCAGGGUGAGGAGGCGGAGGAAAGGCAGGACGAGGACGACGAAGAUGACAGCAGCGAGGAGUGGGAGAAGGUAGACCAAGCCGUGUGACGCCGUACGGAGGCCAAUCGUUCCCAGCAUACCAUGAUCAUCCGUCUAGCGCACACCUCUACCGCUCCGCAAUACCAAUCUAGCUUGUUUGACGUUUUGCUAUCAUUUCGUGCGAUCGUCCAGCAUCAGCAUCAGCAACUACGCUGCAAAGAAGAGAGUGUAUGUAUGCGAGCGCCCUCCUCACAGCCUCCAAAGCCUAUACCACUUCCUCUGCCUCGUUCCUGCCUCGGGCUCUUCCCUCUCCCCCUUUGCGACCCUACCUAGGUCGCCCAAUCUCUCUCCCACCUUGACCUUCUGUCCCGGCUUGACCUCGAAGGCAAAUUCCGGACUCUCCCAGACGAGCACAAUCGUGCUUCCUAGGAGGAA